GGGGGAUGUGUCUCACUGUAACUUGUGCGUCUACGUUCAGAUUCACGGCGAAGGAGGCGCGGCGGAACACAUCGGCCCGACGCUCGAGUGCGCAGCUCAAGAACAUGGUGAGAGGUGGCACUCGCUGGGCGUUUGUGUGGAGACGACUCCGCGCGUUGUGACAGUUUGCACCCUCUUGGGACAAACAAGAGGGGGCUGGAUAUAGGGCCGCGCUCGCUAUAUUAUAUUUUGAUCUGAUUCAGAUACCGUUGAGGAGGACGAGUGGGCAGAUUAUAGUGCUCGGCAACUCAGAUUUCUUUCCGCAUAUUGAUUGAUGUUUGAGACAAGGAGCUCAUGGACAGGCUGCGGAAUAGAAUCUUGAAGUGCGAAUUUUUGUAGGCCGUGUUCGGAAGAAAAAAGUGAGAUCUGGGUUUCAGAAGACGAUUCGAUUAUGAGCAGUUUGCGAACUGAGAUUCUGUGGCCCUGGGGAAGGAUGAUAAGGUUUGACUUUCAAUACGACAAGUGUUUGCACUGCCGCACCGCCGAGCUUUCUCGGCGGGGAUUGUUGUGAGAAGAGAGAGAGAGAGAGAGAGAGAGAGAGAGAGAUGCUGGAGGUGUGAUUGCAGCUACGAGGUGGAGGAGGAGCCCGAGCAGGAUGAGGUGCUAGGAAUUGAGGAGCAGUUCAGCGUUAGGCUGCGGAAUUUGAUCUGGUUUAUGACUAUGGAAAUUGAGUAAUUAUAUAUUGGCCGAUUUGGAGUGGAGGCAUCGGCGAAAUGGCGAGUUUGGGGAAGAUUAUCAAAGAUGACAGGCAUCCGCUGUGGUUGGUGGAUGCUGUCAUUUUGUCAGCAGUGGUGUAUGCCAAGGAUCCUGCCGAGGAGCUGAAGGUGAUGGAUCGAGAGUAUGGUUUACCUCCAUCAGCGAAGUAUGAAUUCAUAUCCGACGAAGAGCUGGACAGCAAUGGCUUCGGAAGCUGCAAGCAGACUAUGAUUGUCGUCCGAAGUUUGACAGGAGGCCAUUUAAUAGUGGCUUGCCGAGGAACUACAGACGUCUACGAUGCUCUGACAGAUCUCAAUUUUAUCCACAGAACGAUGAGUCUUGCCGUGGGAUCUGCGCAUGCAGGAUUUUUGGAUCGUGCCAAGACCAUUCCUCUGGAAUACUUCCGCAGGCUUCUGGUGAGAAACGAGCGAAUUGUACUCACAGGGCACUCGCUCGGAGGCGCUGUAGCCUCGUUGCUAGCUCUGCGGUUAUUGGAGGCCACAGGCAAGUGGUGCCAUGAGCAGGUCCAGUGCUACACUUUCGGUUGCCCGUUUUUCGCAGAUAACGAGCUCGCUCGGUACAUCAACAAGCGCUACAGGCAUCACUUCGUGCACAUCGUCUCUCGGAAUGACAUCGUGCCCAAGCUGAUGCCAUUGGCAUACACACUCUACUCUGUCUGGUACGGUCUGCAUGUUGGGCCAUGGGGUGACCUUGUGUCCAUCUCUCGUGUUGUGUUUCUCGUUGUUCAGGUGGUGAACCCUCGCCUGCGCAUGAAACCCGAACGCAUCCCCUUGCUGGCUCUGGGUUCUCAAGCUCUGAAGUGGAUUCCAGGGAUUCUUCAGUUCGUGAUUCAUCGAGCGUUAGCUUUAGUACUCUCUCACCAAUCUGGUUAUGGAUACGCUUUCGCUGGCCACAUGGUGCUCCUCGACACUGAGACUAGUAAAUUGGAAUAUGCUGAUGUAAACCGCUGGACAGCGGAACAUCACUUGAAUUUCCAUUUUGGUAUUUCAUCUCUGGAGGCUGUCAAGGAGCACAGCCUGCUGAGUUACAUCGACAACAUAUUCACUGUCCAAAGCUCGGAAAUGACGAAGGGAAUGAUUGCUGCUGGAGAGGAAACGACGAAAGACAUGGCUUGUUCUUCCAAGGUAGAGGUGUGUCAUGCUACUCUGAGCAUGAAGUGGUUCAACAGGCUGCCCCGGCAGGCGAAACAGAAAUGCAUGAUGGACAUGGACAAUCACGCCCCACAGCAGCAGCAGAGGUCUUUCUCCGAGAAGAAGAAGAAGCCGCAAGUGAAGAGGGGCUUGAAGAGUAGAGUCUCUUGCCUCAUUUUUGCGAGGAGAUUGCAAGAGGCUUCUCCGGCCUUCGUUAAGAAGGAGCAUAAGAGAAGAAAUACCAUUAAGCGCUUUGUGAUGAUAACUGUCGGAAGGAUGGCCGAUUUUGCCCGUCGUUUCAACACUAUCCUCGUAGUUUCUUCGGUUCUUGGUGGAGCCUUCCAGCUACGCAAGCACUUCCUCAAAAACAAGUAGUGAGUGUUGAUACUUGUGUUUCAACUACGCAAUUCCCUCCUGCUGAAUUAGAACAAUCAAUUUGGAAAGAGGACGGGGAUGAAUAUCCUCGAUGUACAGAAUCAGUAGUCAGUUCACCCAGUACUUAGGUCAUGAGUCUUAUUAUCUAUCGCACCCAACACGGGUCUGCUCGCACUUUAUUCGCUCUGCACUGGACGCUGUGCAAAGUCACACGCGAUGAAUAAACAAAAGAAGGAUUCUAGCCACAAGUCUUCAAAGUUCGUUUCAUUUGCUCUCUCAUUAUUGUGGCUGCAGAUUAUCUACCAUUCUUGAAGUAGAACAGUUGCUAGAUUCUUGCCACUGUUGUGUGAAAUACAGUUUACAGCUACCUCUUCAGAGUUCUGUUUUUUGACUCAACAUAGUUAAAAUUCCUUGUCUCACAUCUUGAAACCGUGUUGUUUCUAAAAUUUGCAAGUCGCACUUUGCGUUCCCCAGUCUGUCAU